UCCCGGAACAGGCGUUAACUCCGGGCUGUGGCAAGAUGGCGUCCCUGGAUCGGGUGAAGGUACUGGUAUUGGGAGACUCAGGUGUUGGGAAAUCUUCACUGGUUCAUCUUCUGUGCCAGAAUCAAGUACUGGGAAAUCCAUCAUGGACUGUGGGCUGCUCAGUAGAUGUCAGAGUUCAUGACUACAAAGAAGGAACCCCAGAAGAGAAGACCUACUAUAUAGAAUUAUGGGAUGUUGGAGGCUCUGUGGGCAGUGCCAGCAGUGUGAAAAGCACAAGAGCAGUGUUCUACAACUCUGUAAAUGGUAUUAUUUUAGUACAUGACUUAACAAAUAAGAAGUCAUCCCAAAACUUGUAUCGUUGGUCAUUGGAAGCUCUCAACAGGGAUUUGGUGCCAACUGGAGUGUUGGUAACAAAUGGGGAUUAUGACCGGGAACAGUUUGCUGACAACCAAAUCCCACUGUUGGUAAUAGGGACUAAACUGGAUCAGAUUCAUGAAACCAAGCGCCAUGAAGUUUUAACUAGGACUGCUUUCCUAGCUGAGGAUUUCAAUGCAGAAGAAAUUAAUCUGGAUUGCACAAAUCCACGGUACCUAGCUGCAGGUUCUUCCAAUGCUGUCAAGCUCAGUAGGUUUUUUGAUAAGGUCAUAGAGAAGAGAUACUUUCUAAGGGAAGGUAAUCAGAUUCCAGGCUUUCCUGAUCGAAAAAGGUUUGGGGGAGGAACGUUAAAGAGCCUUCAUUAUGACUGAAUUACACCCAUCCUGGAAGAGUGAGCAAGCGGUGGCAGUUCUGCACAGCUUUCUUCUUGCUGUGUUGAUUAUUAAUAUUUCAGCCUUUUAGCAGAAUCAUCCUAAAAUGCCACCCUUCAGCCUCACCCUUUAAUGGAAAGCUGAAAGGAAGUGACAGCGUGGGAGGUCCAAACUUUGUCCCCAUUCUGUUCCUCACCUUUCUGUCCCUGUUUAUAGAUUAUGUAAAAGCCUUGUGGAAAUAUGAGAUGUUGUCAAAAUGAUGCAGUAAAUGAGCAGUGACAGAGUGCUACAGAAAAAAUUUACUCUUCCCAGAAUUGGAAGGUUUUUUAUAGGUCUGUAACUUUCCCACACUCCUUGCUGAAGGCUUAAUUAAGUACUUCAAAAAUGUAUCUCUGUUGUUUUACCUUCUUGAGGGGAAAGGUUAUGUUAAGCAGCCCUGGGUUGUCCACCCCAAACAAUCUCUGUCGUUUUCAAAGAAGCAAAAUGGUGUUAUUUAAUUGUCUCCACUCUCAUCACACACAAGGAUGCCUAAUAAUAGCAGCCCUUGUCUCCCUCUCCUCUCCUUUGCAAAUGGUUCAGUGGCUAGAAGAGGCAGACUAAUAGCUGGAGUUAAAUAUAAAUAGAUUAAUAAUACAUAGAGAACAGCAGUACCAGCAAAGGAGAAUUCUCCGAGAAAUUGACAGCUCACUAAAUCCUUCACUCUGGGUUACAGAUGUCUGCACUGUCUUAUUGUUUUCUAUUUGGAAAUAGGCAGGGUGAAAUCUAAGACCUGUUCAAGGGCAGUAAGAGAGAUUUACAGCUUCUACUGUUUUUAUUUUUUUAAAGGAAAAGUCAACUCCUGAAAUGUCUCUUAACUGUAGUCGGUAAACUAAGAAUGUUAUUUUCUGUGUCAACAAUGUAUUUAUGGAGAGAAGUAAAAAUAAGUUCUACAGCAACACAUUUACAUGAAUUAUGGACUAGGAUUCUUAGAUUUCAUAAUCCAACAUUUUGUGAGGGUGGUGGUGUAUGUGCACGUAUGCAUAAUUGUUCAUCGUUCCUUUUUUUACCCAUCUUUUUUGCUUGUUUAAUUCUCUCUGCCCUGGUUCUUCUUUAAUAUAUAGACCUGGUUUCCAAAAACUGCAGUUUGCUGCCUUAUUCAGCACCACCUUUUUACCCAUAACCGCUCUCUGGCUCUGAGGCAGGUCUUUGCAGUCCUGAUUUUGCUCCAUAUUAGAAAAAAAUAGUAAGUAUACACUUUCAGCUCCUCAUUUUAAAACUAGGCAAAAAACACUAAGUUCACUUUCUAUUCCACUUUAAUUAAAUUUCAGAAGUACUUUGGAAAUCAAGGUAUGCUACCAGAAGAUCUUAAAAUAAGAAGGUUAGCCAGUGCUUUUAGAAAGGCAGUUGUAGGAAUUUGGGGAAGGAUUUUUAAAGCACUUUUGAUCAGCUAGCAUAUUCUCCAGUCUGUCUUCAUAUCCUCAGCCAUAAAACCGAGGCCUGAUUUCUUUUUUGACACAAAGUAGAGCUAUGCAAAUCAGGAUCUGUGCGUGGAGUAUGGCACAAGCGAGUUGUGACAGAGGCUGCACAAAUGCAUGCACAAAGACCCAACUAAAGCUCUUUGUAAACAAUAAAUUAAAAAAAAUUAUACAUACAUUCUGAAAAAAUAAAAGAAUAAUACAACGACACAGAAGCGAAAAUACAUAUAACCCUUUCCUUCUCUCCCCUUUCUUCCUCUUUCUUUCCCUUAAUUAAAAAACCUCUCUCAAUUUCUUUAUUUUCUCCCUUGCUAAAAAAUAAAAAUAACCCAUCACUGAUGCCUUUCAGGGUCAGCCUUGAAAACUUAGCAGUACUCCUCAACUCCAUUUCUUCUUGGUUGUGAGGCUUGACUGAAUUAUAGUUUUCUGAGAAAAAAUAAUUUUUAAUAAUCUAAGGUAAAUUUGUUGCAAAGUAUUAGUAGCAGCAAAACAAGGCUGUUUGCCAAGAUGAAUGUUAUUAGCCAAAGAUCUUGAAAAUGAAUGUUUUGAAGAAUAAUUUUUGCUGGGAUUUCCUGAGAUCUGCUCAUCAAAAUUGCUUUUGGAUAAUCAACAAAUGUAAAUACCAAAAUACUUCCUAAAGAGUAUUAAUUAAAUCUUUAAUUUUCUUGAUGGAA